GGCGGCGGCGGUGAGUCUGCCGUGGGCCAUGUGUUCCUGGUGAGGCCUCAUCUCAUCUCCUGCCAAAAAUGAGGCGGGCGCCCGGCUCGCCUGGACCCGUCCUGCCGGCCGUCCUGGCCCUCGCCGUGGCCCUCUUGCCUGGGCUGUGCUCGGGAGCCACGCCGUUCCCCCAGGACCUGGAGGCCAUCAGCGUCGUGGGCCGCGAGUCCUCCUACCUCUACCCCAGCUUCCAGGGACUCCUGUCGGACAAUGAGACCGUGCGCCUGGGCCUGGACUUCCAGAGGAUGCUGAGGAUCAACCGCAUGCUCUACGUCGCCGCCCGGGACCACGUGUUUGCCAUCAAUCUUGCCACCUCGGCGGAGCAGAUAAUCCCACAGCAGAAGCUGACUUGGAAGACGAAGGAUGUGGAGAAGUGCACCGUGAGAGGGAAGAACAGCGACGAAUGUUACAACUACAUCAAAGUGCUGGUGCCGCGCAACGACGAGACGCUCUUCGCCUGCGGCACCAACGCCUUCAACCCCACCUGCCGGAACUACAAGAUGUCCACACUGGAGCAGGAGGGCGAGGAGGUGGUGGGACAGGCCCGCUGUCCCUUCGAGUCCCGCCAGUCCAACGUGGGCCUGUUCGCAGGUGGCGAUUUCUACUCGGCCACCAUGACGGACUUCUUGGCGAGCGACGCGGUGAUCUACAGAAGCCUGGGAGAGAGCAGCCCCGUUCUGCGCACCGUCAAGUACGACUCCAAGUGGCUACGAGAGCCCCAUUUCCUCCACGCCAUCGAGUACGGGAACUACGUGUACUUCUUCUUCAGCGAGAUCGCGGUGGAGUACACCACUCUGGGCAAGGUGGUCUUCUCCAGAGUGGCGCGCGUUUGCAAGAACGACAACGGCGGCUCGCCGAGGGUUCUGGAGCGCUACUGGACGUCCUUCCUCAAAGCCCGGCUCAACUGCUCGGUGCCGGGCGACUCCUUCUUCUACUUCGACGUGCUGCAGUCGCUGACCAACGUGCUGCAGAUCAACCGCCGGCCGGCCGUGCUCGGCGUCUUCACCACGCAGGCCAACAGCAUCACGGGCUCAGCGGUCUGCGCCUUCUACAUGGACGACAUCGAGAAGGCCUUCGGGGGCAAAUUCAAAGAGCAGAGGAACAGCGAGACGGCGUGGACACCUGUCCCGGAGGACCAGGUCCCGAAGCCCAGGCCGGGAUGCUGCGCCGGCGAGGGCUCGGCGGCGGCCCACAAGUCGUCCACCGCCUUCCCCGACGACACCCUGACCUUCAUCAAGUCGUACCCGCUCAUGGACGAGUCCGUCCCCUCCGUCAACGACCGGCCCUUCUUCACCCGCACCACCAGCAGAUUCAAGUUGACCCAGAUAGCGGUGGACACGUCGGCGGGGCCGUCCAAGAACCGCACGGUGGUGUUCCUGGGCUCGGACAACGGGCGCGUGCUGAAGAUCCUGGCCAGCACGGAGGGGGCCAACGCGUCCUUCAGCACGCAGCUCCUGGAGGACAUCGACGUCUACAACCCCAACAAAUGCAACGUGCAGGGGGAGGACAGGAGGGUGCUGGGUCUGGAGCUGGAUCGGGACCACCACGCGCUCUUCGUGGCGUUCUCCGGCUGCGUGAUCCGCGUGCCGCUGAGCCGCUGCGCCGACUACAGCGGCUGCAGGAAAAGCUGUCUGUCUUCACGGGACCCUUACUGCAUCUGGCUUAAGUCAGGCAGCUGUGCAACGAUCGGCCCGGGCUUCAAGGGCGGCUUUGAACAGGAUGUGGAGAACGGUUACCAUCAGCACUCUGAAACCUGCCACGAUGUCCUGGCGACCACUCGCAAGCAAAACCCGGGGCUGGAUUCGGCGUACGGGAAGACCACACCCACAAGCGCCACCACAACCUAUCACGCGGCGGCGUUCCCUAAGGAGGCAGGUGACCCUGAAAGAGGUACAGGUCCUGACGGCCCCCCCGCCGUGGGGGAGCAAGGGUCACCUGACUCGGAGCCAAUCAGUGUGGAGAUGGAGGGUAAGGGGGGAGGGAUGUCCGUCCUCAGUCAACCUGCAGGGGGGAUUGCACUGCUGGGCCCCGAAUGCCUCGUCGUACGCCGCUAACCAGACUGAACACUAACAAAACAAAACAAACAAACAAAAAAGUCACGUUUCACUCUGGAAGAACAUCACGCAUGCCUGCACUGUAUCAUUCCGAUCAUAUGACCUGCGUUUCCGUGGCAACGGCACUCAUUUCAAACAGCUAAUGUGGAAAAUGACAUUGGAGACUCCUUCAACCAAAGAAAUGGUUAAAAAAAAAAAUGGCAAUUUUGGUGUUGACCAGUGAAAGCAGGAGGCGGCGGCCGACCAUGCAAGAAGUCAUGUGAUGCAUGCGAAUACAUGUAAAUGUUCCCCCAGGGUGAAAUCUAAAUUGAAUUAGCUCACUAACUCUUAACUCACUAGUUAAACUAAUCUACUGGCGACGGUUGAUUUUCUUGAUGCACGCGCUUCAUUAGUCACGAGAUUACGCGCAGCAUGCGGAUAGAGCAUGAAGAGCCGGGGGGGACGACCUUCUUGUACCGCCAUGUUCAGCUCGUGUACCUCCGUGUGCUCAGCGCGGCGGCCACGGAAGAUUUAAUGACUGGUACUAAGUAUACAGCAAAGUCUCUAAUUAACUCCUCUAAACAGCACCGCUCCCUCCUGGGCUCUCUUCAUCUUUUAUUAAGCUCGUCAGCAUUCACAAAUAUUCCCCCGAUUGUUCUCCCACACCUUGAAAGAACUCCAGGUCGCAUCUUCCUUUCUCCCUGUGACCAUUCAUUUACAUUUAUUAUUUCCCUGGGCUGCAAGAACAAGUCGUUCAAAGUCCAGAUGUCAACUUCCAGGCUUGCUGCUGUUCCACCGGCGUCUACAACUAAAUCUCAUAUUCAACUAUUCUUACGAAUAUGACAAUAUUCUGACCAUUUGGAAAAGAAUUGCAGCCAAUCCUGUUUCAGGGGGGGGGGGGGAUUCUUAUUUGUGAACAACUUUAAACAAUAAAUUACAGGAACCCUUUAAGCUCUAAAAAUUGUUUCUGCUGAAUCUUUGUGAAGAAACAUCAGUUAUUUGAAUCAAGUUUUCUGUUCCCACUUUAAUAAAAGCAUCCAGCCAGUAAUCUUGCAGCUAAAGACCCUUCAACUUUCCCACCGCACCUCCCAUCUGCCCCAAUAAAUCACAUGACCUAUAAAACUCCAGCCAGUUCUUAAAUAUUUAAUCACAUCUCGAUCUUCAUAGGCUCAAGUCUCAUUAUUUCUUAGAUUUUUAAUUUGACAGUUAGUCCGCUCUCAUACUAAUUAACACAGCCAGAGCAGGAAGUGCAACAAAACGCCUCCGCAAACCCUCAAAUGACCAGUUAAAGAAACCAGUACAGCAGAGAGGAAGUGUUUGGGGUUCGUUCGCCAUUUGGAUGUGAUUCAGGGAGGACAAAUGAUUUUAUUUUCCUUCACGUCCUCUCGUCGCCGCUUGCUUGCAGGGGGGCGUCCUGUCAGAAGUCCAUAAGUCCUCGGCGAGGGGGAAACGAGCUUCCAAUCCGGGCCGACAACACUCUACCGCCGUAAUGAUGAGCUACUCAGGCUCAAAUGAGAAAAGCCCGUAACAAAUAAAUAACCAGCGGGGGCCUGAGCCCCGGGGGAGUAAUACGAGAGCCGGGGGAGGCGGUGGGCGGUGCGGCGGGAUGUAAUAGAAACGGGAAAAAGGCAAUCUGUUUCAGCCAGGGACUGUGACGCCGCCGGUUCAAUCAGAGAGAGCCGCGGCGGGGGGGGCGGCUGGAUGAGGAUGGAACGGCACCGGCCUUCCGAGGGGGGGGGGGCCUCCGCUCUCUCCCUCCCUCCCCGUCCAUUGCUCACCGGAGAUACGAUUCUACGGCUCUGUCACAAACCUCCCAGCGGGCCACGUGGCGAGCCGGUAGAGACACCGACAGAGACACCGAGGACGUACUCUCCAUCGCAUGCGUUAGCUCGCCAGCUAGCCAUCGCGCUACGUGGUCAAAGCACCGUCUCAACAAUGAGGACUUUUUCACCUCAUGAAAUGUAGUUUUUCGGGGCAGUUAGCUCCCCGAAUAGCCCCCGGGCUAGCUAGCCCGACAAGCUGUGAAGAACUUUUAAAGGGGUUUGAAUCAUUCUCAGUUUUAAUAGUGUUGACUCUAAACGACUUAAAGUAAAUAUGACCACCAGCCGUGAGAUUGGCCAUCCCAUGGCAAUUAUAUUUAAUACUUGUCAUCCGUGCCACCGGGUUGGAUUACCGCUAGAUUUAGGACUGUCAGGUCCUGCACCACUAACAUUUUUUGGGACCUCGGUGCUUAGCAUAACGACUUUAAUUUAGGCGUUAUUUUAAACUCUCCACCAAAAGUCUCUUUUUCACAGGAGAAACCUGGACUUGUCAUAGGAGGAAAAGCACAGGUGUUGCUAAUAACAUCGGCGAAGGCUAAUGUGACAGUGAGCCGGGGGGGGGGAACAAUUCGAGGACCGUCAAACCGAGGGAGCUAAAUAGCAUCCAGCCACCAUUAGAUUCAUUACUCGCACCUGUGCUGUCCACGCCGCCACGCGUCAAGGAGUCCAAUUCACACCAGCUUUCCCUGCUAAACGGAGUUAGCUAGCUCGCUAAAGGGGUUCAACAUUACAGGAGAUAGUGGCUUAAUACGCGCAGCUGUCGGAACUCCAACCGCCUUACGUCUGCUCAUCUUCCUUCAAAGCGAGGACAGUCGGUCUUUCUCCAUUAUUGGGUAGGGUUAGGGUUACCUAACCCUGCGUUAUGC